GAAAUAGGGCGCAAUAUUACCUAUGUGGCAAAGUGAAACUGUGAGGAAAGAUGGGACUGUGGCUGAACCCUCUCCCUCGCGGCCAGCUAGCAACUAGCGCUUGCUUCUUCGUCGCCGGAGUCUCCUUCUUCGCCGCCGGAGCUUACCUCUCUUUCCUCAACAUCGCCCCUCAGCAAGCUCGAACCAAAGCUCGUGAUGAUUUUGUCAAGGAGCGUUUGAGGAAGCGUCACCACGAUUAACGUCGAUCGGCUUCUUCCGAAUUCUGAAGACAACUAGCAUAUCUUCUUUGAAUGCCAUUAUUCUUUGGAAUGAUGGAGGAAGUUGUUUGCAUCAUUCAAUCUUCACUGGGAUUUCAGCAAUGUUUUCAAGGAGAAUGUGGCUCUGCUUAUCAUCGGUCCUUCUUUAAAAGCUCACUCACUUCAGUAAUGGACUAAUGCAAUUAAAGUAGUUUUGACAGAAAUUUGGUUUGAGAAAAAUCAACGUAUUUUUCAAGAAAAGUUUCUUCAAUGGUUUGACCGUCAUGAGAUUGCGAGUUAAAGCUUCUUAUUGGUGUUCACUUUCCAAGAAUUUUUCGGAUUAUUCUAUUCAAGAUGUUUGUUUUAAUUGAAAUGCUUUCAUUCAUUCCAUGUAAUAGUAUUUUUAGGCAUAUGGUUUUCUAUUGUAUUUGAAAUGUUCAUUUUGGGAUAUGAUGAGGAUGCUAUGGGUGUAUCAA